UGGUGAGGCCCUGGUGUUACCGCCUAUUCUGGUGAGGCUGAAUAAUGGAGACAAAGGUCGUCCAGUCUGUCCAGAUAACAUGCUUUCCAAUUCUUCCCACUCCCAACUACAAUUCUUCACUGUUUUGGAAAGUUCCACAGACGAUUACAAAUCCAACUAUUCUCAGAAUCAAGCCUAUUAUCGUCCCAGUUGUAGUUCCACACAGAUGCAAGCCAGUCCAAGAACAGGACUUUGAAGGGCUUCCCAAAGAGUUCUAUGAUGAUGAAUGGCAAGCCAGGCAAAGGGAGAAGAACAAAGAAUUGCAGAGGUUGCGAGUUGAGGAAGAAAAAGAGGAGGAAGACAAGGUUGAAGAAUACAGGGAAAUUGCUUUGCUCUUGAAAGAUUGUCCUGCAGAAGAUCUCUGCAAUGCCAAGAAAUUGGUAGCCUCAUUUAUUAGAUCAGCUGAAGAAGUUGAAGAGAAAAUUGAGGAGGCAGCAGUAAAAGGUGAACUAAAUGAACUUGUUCUGAUGGUAAUAUGGAGUCGUCUCGAUAUCGCCAAGCGUGAUGAUGAGAAGGAUGCUAUUCGAAGUCUUGAUCUCUUAUACAGGCGGGUCGAGAUGGAAAUUCUGAAAAGCGAGGCAACUGCCGCCAUGAGACUGCUCAAUGAUCUUCUGAAUCUGCAUGGUGGAUAUGACGAUGAAGGGUGGCUGAAGGCAUGUAGAAAAGUUAUGGUCAAUACAUUCCCAUGCGAGGAAGAUCCAUUCAGUAUUCUUCUGCCUGCAGGAUUCGACAUGGAGAGUCUCCACGGUCCAGUCAGACCACCCGUAGAUGCUGAUGACGUACUUCUUAGAGUAGAUUUUGUCAGAGAGGUUGAUGCACUGCUACAAGAGGUUCGAGAAGAACAAAGGAAAGCAGUGAAUACAAAAGAUCUUGAUCCCGAAACCGUCGCAAUUCGGCUGAAGCAACAGGAGAAACAAAGAGCCAUUCACCAAGUGGAAGCACUUUUAGAUCUUGCCAUUAAUUUGAAGUGGUAGAAAAUCAAGAACCACCACAUGCUGCCUGUGAAUCCUUACCACUUCUCUAUGUUGAGUCUAUGUAGUAUAUCAAAGUAUGGGUGAAGGGGGACGUUCUAUGCUCAACAGCAUUACAUGCUUAGGUCACACCUUGUCAUUUUUAUCAUACCCCCUGAAGUCCAUGUAUCUCCUGAAUAGUUGGAAAAAGUAGAGUAAUGGUUCUCACGAGAGAACCAAAAUCAUCUUAUUCUUUAUAAAUUAUAUCUGGUGCAUUGUGUUGUGUCUGGCUGCUGAAGUGGAUGAAGUAAUGUAGAAGAACGCAUUGUGCUGUCUUCUUCAGAUGCUCUCUUGGUGGCUACUAGUGGAUCAUUCUCGUCGUCAUCAAUGGCUACCGGUCGCUCAAACUCAACACCCUUGAGAACAGGGUGCACAUCAGCAUUCCCAAGAUAAACUUUCAGGCUCAGGUUGGGUUCUGUUGCCUUUUCCACUGUAUCCUUCACCAUUGCUUCCUGAGAAUCACACAAUCAACCAUCAAAGAAAUGUAUUUUAGAUGAUGAGCAAGUGCUAUAUUUCUUCCGGAAUUCAAGAUAGAUUUGCUAAACCUGCAAUGGGAACUUUACAAACACAGAUUCAAACCGCUCCUUGCAGAAUUUAUGAAACCAGAUUGUUAGAACUAGGAGAACAAGGAUGAGUGGGGUUGAUUUGGCUGCAUUUUUUGUGCUCAUCAGUCCCAUCAGUUGGACCUGGGAAAUGACGAGACCAAUGACUAUACGACGAUGAACAUCUGGCCAGAAUGCAGCCCCACUCUCAUACUUCUGGUUGUACACAUUGAUGAUCUGGCAACAAUAAAAGAAGAAACCAUAGGCAUAAAUUUAUAAUAAUAGUUUCUCGAUAUAUCUGUCUUUUGAGAAGCAUAGAAUUUUGAGCGCACCUGAUGGCGGAAAAUCAUGUAUGCAAAUGCAAAGAAGACAAUUAUGAAAGGGAGAAGUAUAGGUGUGAUAACAGCAUAUACUAAUCCAAGUAAGAAAUAAAGCUGUAUACGAGGUUCUGAUGUAGAAAACACUAUAGAACCAGGAUUCAUAGCCUCCUUCCUCUCCCUUUCUGUCUUCACCAAGAAUGCAUCCUUAGUGUGAAACUUCACUAAUGAAGAUAGUCUAAGAACCUCUGCUGCAACGCCUGCCCAACCAUCAACCAUUAUGUAGCUGAUAAAGAAUGUGGCUUUUAUUGGAAUUGCUACCCCUAUAGUCUUCGGAAUGCUGCAAUAGAAUUUUGUAGCCAAGUUGUUCAAAUGCAGUUCCUGUGAUGAUACUUCCAAGGAAGACAUUGACAAGAAGAAACAAAUGAUAUUUUGCAGCAGAACUUCUCUCCAAAGAUGAAAGUGAUGUCAGACCUUCUAUUUUGCCCAUGCUCAUAAGGAGUUUAGGGUUGUUAGCCAGAAACAGCUUCAAUGAAAUUCCAGGAAGAAACCCUUGAAUGAAAGACUUGAUGAAAUCCCUGCCAUAACAUAAUUUUCAGCUAUGUUUGAAGAAAUCUUCCUAGCUUUCCUUAAACUCAAGAAACCACUCACUUUUCUAUCAAUGGCUUUAAGAAAGGAAAAACUUUUUCGAUGCCUUGAAUGCUUGCGAGAGACUGAACGAAUGCAGUGGGAAUCAUAAAAAAGAAAGUAAGAAAGAAAAAGGCAACCGCCAUGAGUAGCCUUCGGAUUUUGAGUUCGGCGUAUGGUAUGGAAAGAUUACUCCAAAAGAUAUCACGUGGUUCAGGUGCCCAUUCUGUCAUCCAAAUGGUGGGAUUACUUGAUUGUUGGGUUUGAGCACAGACUGCUGCUCCCCAUCUAGAUUUAAAUGAAACAAAAGCAGCUGGAACUAUUGCCUUGGGAUCACUUAAGAUCUUCUCUUUCUCUUUAGCUUCCUAAGUCAAAGAAUAUAACCUAUUAUUACGAUAGCAUAUAAGAUGGAGGCCCAACAGAAAGACACAUUGCUCUAGCAUAUAUACAAUAAUGGUGUAGCAUGGUUUAUGCAAAUAAUUCAUGUUAAGAUCUUCAUGUUUCAUGAGGUGCGUUCCAAAUAGCUACAUUGUAAUAAGAAUGACUUGCAACUUUUUUUUCACUCUCUUUAUUAUGUUCAAUGCUUUCAGAAUUUCAUUUCAUUAUAGUGAUGACAGCGGUAAUGACGAACAUGCAAAUUAAAUAGGAAUCAUAUAAAUAAUUUAUGGAGUUAUUUAAGGCACUUACCAUUUCCUCCAAAUAUUUGAUUUCAGCUGUGUAAUAGUCGAUGGGGUUGACUGUUUCCCCCCAUAGUCCCCAAAAUCCUGUCUAUACAUGAAGAAAGAUUAGAUUAUGUAAUAGACAUGCAAAUUAAUAGAACUUUAGAUUGGUUUGAGAUCGUCCACUUGAGCAGUAAGGUACUCAAAGUCAAACCACACUAAAGAAUUGAACUCAACCUAUUAAGACAUGUUUAGUCCAAGGUCCUAUUAACUCAUUUUCUAAUAUUUAUUUCUUCAAUGUGUGACUCUCAACACAAAAUGAAAUGUUAGCAGAUAUUCAAAUUCGUUUUGGGAAAAAAGAUACCUUUAUUUUGCUUUUCUCGGUAAGAUUCCUGUCACACUUUGUCUGAUAGUAAAUGAGCCAAUUUUGCAAUUUCUUCUUCUUCUCCACAAUCUUUGCUAGCUUGUUAGUAUUGUAUACAACCUAAAACUUCAACAGCUUUCGUUAUGGUCACAUAGGACAUUGAAUUGAAGGAAAUGGCACAGUAUAACUGAUGAGUAUGAUUAGCAGCUUUGUAUAAAAGAGAACACUUCAGCAAGUGACAGACCUGGUGUAGAAGGUAAGUAUCUGGAUGGUUUACACAAAAGAAAUGCUCAAUGUGCUCGCUGAUUGAUUCAUCGGUGUCUUGGUGGACGUUUCUCACAAGGACCUUUAAGAUGAAGUCAAAUGGUAAACAGACUGGAAAAAUAAAAACGGAAUCCAUAAACUUUUACACCAUGAACCACUAACAGCGAACUGAUCAGGACGGCGCUUUUCUGAUGCAAGAAACUGCAGCCUCAUGUUAGAUACAAUUUCAUACUCUUUAUAUAGAACAUAUAAGGUCCAAAAUGAGAAUACAUAUGCCAUUGCUAUGUGUGCCCAUAACCUGGAAAUUGGAAUAAACAGCAAUUAAGAGGAGUGAGAAUAGGUUUCUGUUUUUUAUUGUAUCCUCAAUGAGGGCAUUAUUCCAUUGGCAAUGCUAAGUGAAAAAAUGCCUCCAUAUUUUGCGCACAGAAGAAGAAUAUGUUAUCAAGGACAGAGCCAGGACUUUGUUUUUAUUUUUUACUACCUUUGUCCCAUUAAACAUAGCCAACUUUCCUACUUUUCUUUUGCAGUAAUUUGAUUUAUAAAACUUUGCUACUUUUCUUUUACAUUAAUUAAUUGUGGUUAAUAUUAUUUCUCUCCUUUGCAUAACAUUUACUUAUAUUCUGUAAAAGAUGGCAAUGUUCAAGGCAAGGGAGUACUAUUUAUAGAUCUAUAUUUCUGGGUAGCCAAGCUGAAAUUCUUAUUAAAACUUUAUAGGAGUCUGCUGUUGAAGAAAUAUGCCUUCUACAAAAAUAUACUGUCUGCAAAUCCUAUAAAAGGGAAAAUAACAUAAAUGGGAAAAAUAAUGCUUACUUUGGUGAUCCAGAUGGAACAUUCGAUAUUGACAGUUUAUCAAUCUCACUGAAUGUUAAGUCCUCAACAUUUUGCAGUGACCCACCAUUCCAAUUAACAGGAAUUAAGAUGGAAAAGGCAAGAAAUGCAAUGGGUACAAAUAUUUUCAAUCUGCAUUUCAGUUUUUGAAUGAAAUUAGAUGGUCUGCAUAUAAAACCGUUUAAAUUGGGGAAAAGACUUGGUAACCAAUUGGGAAAACCCAGUUAUGUGUUUUUUAAAAUCUUUUUUAGUUACAAUUAAACUCAUCAUUGUUAGAAAAACUAUAUACUACGUUUGUUUUUUACAUCUGUUAAAAUCUCAUGUUGGAAACUGAAGAGAGAAUGAUGGGUUAAUAAGACAUUGAGUUGAACUAGCAAGGAGAUUGAAUUCAUUCUUCUAGUUUGAUUAUAAAUCAGUUGAUUGACCUCAACUAAUCUUAAAUUUUAUUAACUUCCAUGUCCCUUAAAAGAAGACUUGACCAUUCAGCUAUUAACACUCACCCAAGAAGGUAAAUUCGUAUAUACACAGUGGAGUCAAGACCUGCAUGAUCUAUGAGUUCAGGCUGUGGCAUAUUCAAUGCUGCAGGAAUCCAAUUCAAGAGCUUUAAGUAUGUUUUGAAAUCCAAGUUGACAAACUUCUGGACUAAAGGUCCAGAACUUGUUGGGCUUUCUCUUAUACCCUUCAUGUACCACUUUGGGAAGUAUACCCUAUCAUUAACUGGUUGAAGUCUUAGAAUUGCAAAUGCCAAAAGAAAUGUCAGUGCAGAAAAAAGGUUGAUUCCUGCUGAAACAAGAAUGUCCUCAACACUUGCCAUAUUUGCCCCAAAGAUGUUUCACCUGUCAACUUUUGCAGGAAUAAAUUGUAUCAGUUUCAUAUUCCAUUCUUGAUCUCAGUAACAUUGUUCAGGUGAUGUAGUCUACUCUUGUAGGGCUAUUUACCUUAUUAUUACUACUACUUUUGUAGCAGUACUCUCGUAAUAGUAUUUGUACUCCGUAUUACAUUGAUGGAUAUAAUUAUCCCAUGAAGGAAGCGAUGAGGCAAAUAGUUUGGACAGACCGAAGGCUAAAGUGCUAAACUAGUCAGGAUUUGGUGGGAGAAGCCCAACUAUGGAGGGAAGGACUAUCACACAAUUGUUUAUCAUUAACAGUUAAUUCUUGUAAUGUUUAGUUUUAAUGAUUCGUGAAAUGAUGUAGUGGAGGGUGCCACCGUUGGAAUGCUCGUGUAUGUCCGGCGACCAAUCGAGUUGAGGACAAUUUUUGGCAUAUUUUCUGAAUACCAAUGGCCAAUUCGCCAUUCUUGCUCCGGUCAUUUGCUUGUUAUUUUGUUUAAUUCUCGCUUUCUUUUUCUUUUUAUCCAAUUGCUGGGGUUUGAUGCUGAGUUCUCCCUUAAAACUCAAUAAUAUGUUAGGUAAUGUUGGAGGCAAAUUAUAUUAUUUGCACCUCAUGUUUAUUCCAAUAUUCGAUUUUGCAUCUCAUAUUUUAAUGCAAG